UUUAGUCAGCUCCCUAGGUUGGACGUUGGUUAAUUAUUGAUUGAUCUGUCUUGUCGAGACCGGGAUUCCUAUUGAUUACCUCUGAUCUUUCUUAUUGACGACCCAAGCACUCUUGUGCUGAUACCAGAUAACUGACUCUCAGAUUUAUCAGCAUACACCGAGACCUGCCACCCUGUUUUCUGUUUCUAAACGUCUCAGCCUAGGCAUCCCGCACUCCCUCCCGUCGUUCAUCGCCAGGGCCGCCACUCACAAGACCAAACUACCUUCGUUUCUACCACCGCAAGACUAAACAUGGGAGGCUCAUUGUCGCGCCUGCUUUCCUUUUUCUGGACUAAAAAGGAGAUUCGGAUUCUGAUCCUUGGUCUUGAUAAUGCCGGAAAAACGACCCUCCUUUAUCGGUUGAAGAUUGGCGAAGUUGUCACCACUAUUCCGACUAUUGGCUUCAAUGUCGAGUCUGUCAGUUAUCGGAACCUGAAUUUCAAUGUUUGGGACCUCGGUGGCCAGACUUCCAUCCGACCCUACUGGCGGUGCUACUACGCCAACACCGCUGCUGUCAUAUUCGUUAUCGACUCUACGGACAUUGAGCGACUGGGUACAGCUGCCGACGAGCUUGCGGCUAUGCUGAACGAGGAGGAACUCCACGACGCGGCUUUGCUGGUAUUCGCCAAUAAACAAGAUCAACCUGGCGCCAAGGGUGCUGGCGAGAUCUCGGAGGCCUUGAAGUUGGGCGAGUUGCGAGAUAGAAAUUGGAGUAUUGUCGCAUGCUCUGCCAUUGACGGCAAGGGUCUAAAUGAAGGCAUGGAUUGGUUGGUGCAAACUCUUCAAUCAGAAAACGCAUAAACGCUGGCGUCUUUGUGUCAUGCUAUAGAACCCCUUUUUGAUAUACUGCGCAACUCACUUCCACCGAGGUCCUGGGCAUGCAUUCUUCCACCGCCUGAGAUACCUCUUUUUCUCUUCCUUUACAAUUCGGACGCUGUCGCGCCAGACAGAGUCAUGUCAUUUAUACUGUAUACCUUUUGAUUCCUGGGUUUUGAGACUAGCAUAAUUUUUUAAUUGAUUCGAUGAUGAUGUCCAGCUUCUUGACUCGGUAUGGCAUGGGGAUCUGGGGAAUGGUGAUUUGGCAGAAACUUCUUGAGCCGAAUGUGUUGUGGUUCACCUCUUGCAUUGUUCGAGCGCAUCCGGGAUUGAGUAUCAUGGUCUUCUUUGCUAUCUACUUUUUCAUCCGGGGAGCUGCUUCUUGUUCGGGGUGCAGGAUUGUCAUACCCUUUCUGACACGAUUGCCAUGGCUGAUUUGUAAAUUGAAGAAUACCAGCCAUGGACUUCAUAUACAGGUCAAGCUACACAGAUCAAAUGAG